GCAAAGCUCCUCAUUUUGGCAGAACUUACCAUGUCGACCAGCCGCAAAUUAAAGAGUCAUGGCAUGAGGAGGAGCAAGAGCCGAUCUCCUCACAAGGGAGUCAAGAGAGGUGGCAGCAAAAGGAAAUACCGUAAGGGCAACCUGAAAAGCAGGAAACGGGGUGAUGAUGCCAAUCGCAAUUACCGCUCCCACUAGUGAGUCCCCAGCGGGCUCUGCCCUGGUGCACUUCACACAGCACCAGGCAGCAACAAGAACAGCAGAAGGGGGACUGCCAAGGAGAACUGAUGUUAGAUCAAAGCCAGAGAGGAGCCUAUGGAAUGUGGAUCAAAUGCCAAUUGUGAUGAAAUGAGGAAAGUAUAUGUUGGCUGUUUCUCCCCAACAUCUCAAUAAAACUUUGAAAGCAGAAA